AUGUGCGGUCGGGCGGAGUUGGGCGGGCGGGCGGCGGCUAGGUCAAGUGUAGGGCGGACUCAGCCGUUAGGUAAUACUCUUAAUUUGUCGUCACGUCCACUGGAAACGGACACAGUGGAAAGCAAAACGAAUAGCAUCGGCGGUUACGCAAGUGAGAGCGCGGGUACGUACCGGGUGGACGCGGGCGGCUGGUGGGCGCUGAGCGCGUGCGGGCGGGACGGGCGCGAGUCGCGGAGUGGCGCCUGCGCACGCGCCGCCACACUCACCACCCUCGAGCGCCCUGCCUCCCCCCUCCCCUCCCUGCCCAUCGCCCCCUCGCACACCGCACACCACCACCUCUUAUCUCCGCCGCGCUACAUGACCGGGCUUGCAGAGUGCUCUCAAAACCCGCUUCCGCUGCCUGAAAAC